AAGUAUUUCCAUGCUGCGUCUUUUCCGUUGUUGCUGCUUCCGUCGACAUUCUUUUUAGUUCAACAAAGUCCAUUCAUUUUCUUGGAUAACCUGUAACCUUGUUUUAAGGGAUUUUCUGCUCUUUUUUCGGCUGUUCCGGGAUGAUUGAGCCUUUGAAGAGAGCCGGCGACAUGGCGGUGGUUCCCUCCGCCAUGAAGCGGCCCCGGAUGGAGCUGGUGGCGGCGGCUCAGUCCCAGCAGCUCGUGUCCGCGGGCCCUCCACGGACCUCCAGCCUGCAGGCCCCGAUCAUGUUGAUGUCGGGCCACGAGGGCGAGGUCUACUGCUGCAAGUUUCACCCCAACGGCGCCACGCUGACCUCCUCAGGAUUUGACAGGCUCAUAUUGAUGUGGAACGUCUAUGGAGACUGUGAAAACUUCGCCACCCUGAAGGGCCACAGUGGAGCAGUGAUGGAGCUGCAUUACAACACAGAUGGCAGCUUGUUGUUCUCGGCGAGCACAGACAAGACUGUGGGCGUGUGGGACAGCGAGACCGGUGAGAGGAUCAAGCGUCUGAAGGGCCACACCUCUUUUGUUAACACCUGCUAUCCAGCUCGUCGGGGGCCCCAGCUGGUGUGCACUGGCAGUGAUGAUGGGACAGUGAAGCUUUGGGACAUCCGCAAAAAAGGGGCCAUCCACACUUUUCAGAACACAUACCAGGUGCUGGCCGUGACGUUUAAUGACACCAGUGAUCAGAUUCUAUCCGGAGGCAUCGACAAUGACAUCAAGGUGUGGGACCUGCGGCAGAACAAGCUGAUCUACAACAUGCACGGCCACGGUGACUCUGUGACCGGACUCAGCCUGAGCUCCGAGGGAUCGUACCUGCUGUCGAACUCCAUGGACAACACAGUGCGGAUCUGGGACGUGCGACCGUUCGCACCCAAGGAGAGAUGCGUGAAGAUUUUCCAGGGUAACGUCCACAACUUCGAGAAGAACUUGCUGAGGUGCUCCUGGUCCACUGACGGCAGUAAGAUCGCAGCAGGUUCAGCUGACAGAUUUGUGUACAUCUGGGACACCACGUCCAGACGGAUCCUGUACAAGCUGCCGGGUCACGCCGGCUCUGUCAAUGAGGUGGUCUUCCACCCAGAGGAGCCUGUCGUGCUGUCUGGCUCCAGUGAUAAACGUCUGUACAUGGGAGAAAUUCAGUAGAGUGUGUGGGUGUGUGUGGAUGUGUGACUGUGUGUGUGUUUAUGAGCGGCCUGCCUUGGAAGUGUUUUAUGGGCACUGAUGGAGUUCAUUUUACAUGCUUCGUCUCGCCUCAGAACAACCUCAGGAUGAACUUUUAUUACCAUCAGUCAGCCUCAAAAAUGGCCCUUUUUUUAAAAACUUUGAUUUAUUUCUUUUUUAAAAAUAAACUUGGUAUUCAGUAAAAGCAA